AUGGAGAACCCUGUUCAAGGUUCUUAUCACACACCAGAUCGUGUUGUUGCUGCCUGGACAACCUUGAGUCACAGAGCAGAAGCAAUCCGUCAACGCUGUGUAUCGCCUUUCGGCGUCGGAGGGUGGGGACGUAUUGGUAAGUUCCUUCUUCACCACGGUCAACCCUAUCUCCUCCCUUCAGCAAUCUGUCUCCAAGAUCAAACAACAAACCAACCCAUCCAUACCCUAACUAAUGUCCCCCCAGGCGAAGGCAGCAACGAAGGCAACCACGAGAUCUACCCCCUCGCCAUAACCCUCUCAGGCCCCAACUCCAAAUUCUCCAACUUCCUCUCCAUAAACUACGCCUGCGCGACCGACUACUCCGGCAACGACAUCUGCAACCCCACAUCCCCCGCACCCGACCACAAACCCAACCCCCCACCCUCCGACUCCGACAAAAUCCUCGAAGGCUCCUCCUGCGGCGCCGACACAGACUGCACCUCCGCAAACCUCGCCAAAAACAACCUAAUCUGCGCCCUCGAAAUCGACGCGCCCAUGAUAUCGCCCGCGUUCAAAAGCGCAGUGUGCACGUACAUUCCCAACGUCGCGGCGAUGAUCGCAGCAGGCACAUUAAUGGCGAAAGAGUUUGUGGGAAGGAGGAGGUUGCUUGAUGAUGCGAAUGGGACGAUUAGUGCGUUGAAGACGCCCACCUCGCCGGGGAUAGGGGUCCUUGAGGGGCUUUAUUGUCCGUGUAAUUGCACGUAUUGUUCGAGUGGGUGCUGUAUGAGUGCGACGAAGCUGGUUUUUGAUGAGGGUUUGGGUGUCGGGAGCGCGGUGGGGGUGGGGAACGGGACGGGGGUGAAUGUGGCGAGGGAGAUGACGGCGCCGAAUGCGAGUGUUUGCUGCGAUGAGGCGACGGGGGCGUGGAGGAAUGAUACCGUCUUGAGGGAUCAGGCGGGGAAGUGGCGGGCUUGUAAGGAGGUGGGGGAGGGUGGUUCGAGUAUCAAUUUCUGA